AAAACCCUAAUAAUUGUAAAAAGAGCGCAAAGAAGAGAAAUGAAUUGGUAGUGGUUACGGUUAUGGCAGAGGAAGAAGAGAACGCGUUAUCGGGUGAACCAGAGUUUCCGAAGAGUCGAGUGAAGAAGAUAAUAACACUGGACAAAGACGUGAAGAGAGUGAGUUCAGAAGCGUUGUUUCUGGUGUCGCGAUCUACGGAGCUUUUUUUACAGUUACUUGCUGAAAAGUCUGCGCAGGUCGCAACUGAGAAGAAGCGCAAGACUGUAAAGCUUGAACAUAUAAGAAUCGCGGUGAAGAGAAAUCGGCAUGUAAGUGAUUUUCUUCUCGAUUCGCUUCCGUUGCCUUCUGAAGGAACUAAAUCUGAUAAUCCCGCGGUGGUUGUUGUUGAUAAAGAUAAAUCUGUUCCGGUUGGUACUCGCCGCAUUGAUCAUAUAUUCCGAAAGUCGGAAGCUCAAGUUGAGGCUGAGGCACCUGAACCGGCGCCUGAACCGGUGCCCGAACCCAUGGAAGAGUCAUAGGUUGUGUUCAACUAUACUCUCUGUAAAUGAGAUUUGCUUCUUAUGUUCAUGAUUAGCAAACUGAUUAGGGAAACGAUGAGAAUCUAAUUGUAAGCACCUCGUUAAAAAUAUGUUAUGUUUCUUUUUGCUUAGUCUUUGAUCUAUUCAAUUAUGAAUCUAUGAUCUAUUAAUGUUGCUAAUUGCAAUCCUUUACUAA